GUGUUGAUAGGAUGGCAAUGCGGAAGGUUUGGACUUUAAGCGGCUUUGUAAACUGUUUAAAUGUGUAAAUUGUGGUUAAAGAUAUGGUAGAUAAAUCGACAGACCUCCUUGUUGGCUGGUUAUCUAAAGCGAGAAAUGAGCUGGUGGUCAAUGCAGUUGCCUUUCAAGACCACAUCACACGCACCAUGCUGCAACCAGAUUUCUCACUCACUGAUCCUUUGUGGAGAUGCAAAAGAAAAGCAGCCAGAAGCCCACAAGCAAGAGGAGCAGAAGUCAGGGCUUUAUGGAGACAAGAUCAGCAAGAAGAGAGGGAAUAUGUGCUUGAAUCCUCUUGUCCUCCUCUAACUUUAGCACAGAAAUUGGGUUUGGUGGCCUCCCCAGGAGAAAGACUGACAGAGGAUGAAUGGAUGCAGGUCAAGGCGAGGUCUGUUCAUCAAGGGGAAUCUGCUCAGCCCUGCGCAAUAUGCAGGGAGGAGUUUCAACUCCAGCCUCAGGUUUUGCUGUCCUGUUCUCAUGUUUUCCAUCAAGCUUGUUUGCAAGCAUUUGAGAGGUUUUCCCGUAAGAUGUGCUGCCCUUUGUGCAGAAAAGAGCAGUAUGAGACCAGGUUGAUCCAUGAUGCAGCUCGUCUCUUCAGACACCAGUGUGCCACAAGAAUUCAAGCAUGCUGGCGAGGCUAUGUGGCUCGAAAAAGGUACAAAACAUUGAGAAAAUCCAUCUGCCCAAAGGACAAGCAGCUGAGACGCAGGUUCUUUGAAGCUAAGUUGCAGGAGUUGAAUGACAGCUUUGUCCGAUACUGUCACACCGACACGGAGGCUUUUCUGAGUGAUAUCAACCGCUCGCUGUCAUCAAGCAGGCAAGUGUUCCAGCAGCUGGAGAGGAAGACCGUCUCAGAACCUCGGGAGAAUGACUGGGACCGAAUACAGAGCCAGGUUAUCCAGAGAGAUGUCAGAGAUUGCCCCAUCUGCCUGACAGCACUGUGCAGCUCAAGCCUUUUACCAGAAGCAUGUACAUCCACCCAUGGACACAGACCAACCGUGCUCCUGUCCUGCUCCCAUCUCUACCACCAGCUCUGUCUGGAGGCUUUUGAGGCUUUCACUGUAGAGAACAGACCCUCCUGUCCCCUGUGCAGAUCUCUCUACCACAAAAAACUCAUCUGAACAGCCUGCAGUCGUUGGUUGUAAUUUUCAACAAGUCUCAGUCACAACUUCUGAGGAAUCCCAGCCCAUUAUUCUUUGGCCAAUCUCUCAAGCUCCUCCAGAUUUGAUGGUCUUCUGGCAUGGACCUUGGGUCUUCCGUUUGCCCCACACAUUUUCAGUGGGAUUCAAGUCAGGGCUUUGAGCAGGCUGGUCAAUAAAGUUCACUUUGGUCUUCUGUAGUAAGCUCUUCACCAGGAACCACUUAUAUUGAAGGUCGUUGUGGUGUUAGAAGACAAAGCGACAACCCAGACCCAGUUUUGCUGCUGACUGCUUAAGGUUUUCUUUCAAAAUCUUCACUUAUCAUUCUUUCUUCAUGGAUCUUUCCACUUUUAUGAGAUUCCCAGUUGCAGAUGCACUGAAGCGUCCCCACAGUAUAAAACUCUCACUGUGGGGACGGUGUUCUUUGGGUUAUAUACCACUCCCUUUAUUUCCUCCAAACAUAAGCAACAUCUCUAUGGCCAAAGAGUUCUAGUUUGGUCUCGUCUGACCAGAGGACAUGCUUCCAGUAUGCAUAAUGCUUCUCCAGGUUGUCCUUAGCAUACUUCAGUCUGGCUUGAAGGUGUCUCUUCUGCAGAAUGAGUUUUUCUUGGUCUGUAACCUCUCAGUCCAUUCCUGUGCAGGGCUCUGAUUAUUCUUCUUUAAGACUACAAUUCCUGACUUAGCUCAAACAUUUCCUUAGGUUUUUAUACUGUGUAAAUUGGGAGAUAACCUUUAGUUUUAAUGUAACUUUUUACACGCUUUUUGCUUAUUCUACAUCCAAUGUUAGGCACAAGAAAAUGAAUUAAAUAUCUUGAAUGUAAAUAAACUUGGCAGUAAAGCUGACUUUGAUUGUGA